CCCAGUCGGCCCCGCAGCAGACUCCGUCAUUUCGUCUCCUCGCCCUUUACUUGUUGGAUGUGUCUGUGUGAAUUUCUGUGAUUUCACGUGUCUCGUGGUGUCUGUUUUGUCCAGCUGGAGCUCAGAGAAGACCACCGCUAAGUGUGAAGGUUAAAGCGUCUUUACAUGCGCGUAAAAACGCUUAUCCCGACGCGCUGCCCUCGUCCUUACCUGUACACAGGAGUGUUGUGCUUUCCUGACGGUGUUGCGCGCUCUGGACUCCGGCUGAUUGGGGAAGUUCCGCAGCAGUCCCAUGCCAAGCGCUUCUCUGCUCUCGAUAAGGAUGCUGGUGGCUUUUCAUGGUAAAACUCCACAGGAUUACCCCGAGUUGGACAAAGGGACCAUGUAACCAGAUCAGGUGUUAAGCAACUUUGCUGAACAGUUUGAUGGAGAGCUGGUCGGAUGACAGCUGGAACUGUUGUCAUAACUGGAGGAAUACUGGCCACAGUGAUACUUCUGUGUAUCAUAGCUGUGCUCUGUUACUGUAGACUCCAGUAUUACUGCUGUAAGAAGAAUGAGUCUGACAGCAGCUCCAUGUCUCAGCAACACUUUACCUGCAAUGCGUGCAGUGUCACCGGCCUGGACGGGACAACAGUCACCCCACUGUCCCUGUCGCCUCCAGGGCCGUCGUGGUCGUUCAACCCCACCAAGCCCACAGGGGGGCGCCGCAGCUACUGCCCCACCUGCUCACCAUAUGAUUCCCCUUUCUACAUCCAUACCACUGAUGAGAUGCACAACGGUGGCGAGCGCAUCACCUACAUGCCCACACACUAUGACAACCAGGCGCUGGCAAUGCCGCUGCCCGCUGUCCGAGGCUCCUUGCUGAGGGAGACUCUACGAGGCCGGCCUCCCGAUUUCUACAUCAACACUCGAGCCAUCAGCACCGAGGUGUGACCACCUCAAACUCCCCAACACCACCCACGCAGAGACACUCCUCUCUUCACUUACACACACACACCAGCACCAUCACUAACAUUAUCAGCUGCCAGUGAGGAUCUGCUGAAUAAAAGAUUGCUGUUUCACAGUUAUUUAGGGUUUGGUAUUUUGGGGAUUUACAAUAAGUGAGGAUUGUCUAAUGACAAGCAGGGAUGACUUUCAAACCUAGCUCCUGGCCUUAUACCCUUAAAUUUUAAAUGUCCAUAAUGACAGUAAUUAUUUAACUGACAGUAGAUAAAACUGUAGCUGUAACACGUCUUGUAAUAAAAUGCCCCUUUAUGCUCUUACAUUAAGGCUAUGGUUGACUCCAACUGUAUAUCUGCUGACUGAGGGCUAAUUUAGAUCAUUUAUGUUUUUUCACCCAAAAACUGCAAAAUAAAAUUAAGCAGUAUGUAGCAAAUAUGAAGCCAUUUUUUUCACAAUAAGCAGAAUGGAGACUGAAAUACAGUUGAAAAAGUUAUAAAGGCAAAAGACUGAAAAGCCGUCUUCUCUUCUACAGUUCCAUGGUUAAGCAUAUUAGAUGUAUAGGAAAGAUGACUGGAGCUUUCUCUAUGCAAGCAAUUUUCAGCAACUUUAUUAGUUGACUGUCGUGAGCACUGUGCACACCCAGUGAAAUAUUAUGAUGCUGCACAUACAACCAUUUAAAACUGGAUCAUAGUUCAGAGCUUCUUGGACU